UGGCAGGGACAUUCGCUUGUGAAGUCAAUAUAGAAGUCAGCACUUCGCUAGGGCAGUUGUUUUACCCAUCUCUACUAUUUCUGUAGUUUUGGUGCUAUGCUCAGUACACCUAAGACGUUAAAUGGACAGUCGAAUUAUGAAAUACGUCAAUUUUAGGGAGGGGGGAAUUGGAUCGUAUGUGAUGUUAUUGAAACUUCAAAUGACAACAUCCCAACAUGUUUCAUAUGCAGGUAUGACAAAGUACAAUUGUGUAAGACUUACUAUUGGACAUUCCAGGACGGGUAAUAUUCACGGCCUUUCUCAACAUCCGUCUCGACUCUCGAGCUGGGUUUUGCCGAACCCAAGGGAGGCGCGAAUUUCUCCAACGAGGUCUCAUACAAAUUUCACUGACUUGUCCGUCACUUGUUGGCUUUCUCAGAGAACAGCGUUCAACUCCUGCAUAUCAGUCGAAACGACGAAAAUUACAGGAAACGGCCUAAUCGUUGGUGUAGUCGCCCACUGGCGUUGUGUGCAGGUCACACCAGCUGUUUCGGUUGACCUGGGGAUGGUCUCUGAGCUCUUCAACAAGGACGAGUUCUUACAAUUCAUUAAUCUCGCCCUCGCCAAGAUAGGCUCAGGCGGCGAUAAUGAAUACCUAGGUUCGGCGCACAUGCUAACGAGGCUCACGGCUUUCGGCAUCCCCGAAUUCAUAACCAAAAGCUUUGACGUCGAUAAAGGCAUACUGUCAGAUCCUCAGACAGCACUGUUGACGGGGGCACUUCUAGCGCCGCGAGAGGACCGAAAUACAGCUAUGGGCGCAGCUAUAAUUGUUGUCCGUUGUCAACUCGGCGAGCUGGUCGAAGGACGUUCUGACAAAUAAUGCUGCCAUACUUGCCCCGGAGGCGGGUGCUGCCACUCUUUGGAGGCGGUCCUGUGCGAAGCCCGCAAGCGCUUCUCGAGUUUGACUCUGAUGCAUCUGGAUCAGAUCGAUGUUCACAAGCCGCAGGCGAACAUUCAGCUUCAACAACAUAAUCGCUGCAGAGUACCGCUCAUGGCGCUGAGACGCUUUCAAGGUCGACGCACCAUUCCUAGAUCUCAAAGUACCCAAGACAUGCUCGCCAUUUCCAUUUCAGAGCAGCUAAUAGCGGUGAGCCACAGGUAAAAUUCUGCUUGAUUGGAUGUGGACGUUGUUGAUGCAUAUAACAAGCAAAGAUUUUCUCCCCGCUCUACUGAUGGGUAAAAGUACUAUGUACUAUCCACUGCUGUAGAUUGCCUAGAAAAUAACAGUGCACAUUCGAAUCCCCAC